CCAAGCUGGCCUUCCUCCCUCCAGAGCCCACCUACUCCAUGCUGCCUGACCCGGAGGCUACAGCUGCAGCAGCAGCCGGGACCACGCCAGGGGGUGCUCCCCCCUCUCUGGGGGCUCCGGGCCUGCGCUCCCGGCUGGGUGGCGGUGCGGGAGACAGAGGUGGUGGAGGGGGAGGAGGUGGCGGAGAGGGCAGGUGGAAGCUCCAUCUGACAGAGAGGGCAGAGUUCCAGUACACUCAGAGAGAGCUGGACAUGACAGACGUGUUCCUGACCAGGUCCAGCCGGGGGAACCGGGUGGGCUGCAUGUACAUCCGAUGUGCCCCCAACGCCAGGUUCACAGUGCUAUUCUCCCAUGGUAAUGCAGUAGAUUUGGGUCAGAUGAGUAGCUUCUACAUUGGCCUGGGCACGCGUAUCAACUGCAACAUCUUCUCCUACGACUACUCUGGCUACGGUGUCAGCACUGGCAAACCCUCAGAGAAGAACCUCUACGCUGACAUAGACGCWGCCUGGCACGCCCUGCGCUCGCGGUAUGGUAUCAGCCCAGAGAACAUCAUCCUGUAUGGGCAGAGUAUUGGCACAGUACCAACAGUGGACCUGGCGUCCAGGUUUGAGUGUGCUGCUGUGGUGCUCCACUCCCCUCUCACCUCUGGCAUGAGGGUGGCUUUCCCCGACACCAAGAAGACGUACUGCUUCGACGCCUUUCCCAA